AUGAAUUUAUCUGAGACUAGUACAAGUGGAAAACCAAAUCUCAAUCUAGACGAAUCAAAAAUUCUUGAUAUAUACGAAGAAAUUGAAAAUCUUCGAGUUCAAUUAAUACGUCGAAAUAAGAAAUCUGCCAAUGUUUCGUCCUCUCAAUGGCAUAUAGCUAACAAACUUCGAACUGAUCCAGAACAAUUACAAGCAUUUUCCACUGAGCUUAGACAAGAGUAUCAACGUGUGUUUUCACUUACAUGUGAGGCGAAUAUCAUAUCGACUGAAAUGCAACGGCACGUCAUUUAUACCGUUACCCUACAAACACCUGUUUCAUAUUUAAAACCAAACGAACGCACAGUUAAUUGUAUAUGUGUACCAGCAGUUCAAGUCAAUCGGUCGGGAUCGACACCACAGAUAUGGAACACGGAGAAAUUCGAGUAUAAAUUGAGUGAAAUGAAAAAAACGUAUCAACGUUGGAAGAUAUCAGAGAAUAAAAAUGAAUUGUUGAAGGAACACAAUCCGUUUUACGAAGACGAAUUGGAGACAUUAAUCGGAGUUGCAAAUAUUUAUUUAAGAGCUUUAUUUUACAGUUCGAAACUAGAUUAUAUUGUACCCAUCAUCAACGACAAAGGCGAAAUAUCUGGCUCACUUUAUGUAACUCUUGAGCAAAUAGGAUCACCAAUAUUGAAAGAACAGAGCGAUUUACAAAUCAAUAGUGCAACACGGAGUAGCAUCAGUGAGUGGAUUAGUAUCGAUGGCGAAGAACAAAGUCUGAAUACGAAUCAUAGCGCAAGUCAGCAGAGUUUCGAAGAUGAAGGUAUUGAAGAAUCGUUCGGACUUUUCGAUUGUAAAAAGAAUAAAACAAUCAUAAAAUUUGCGAUAAAAGAAGCACGAAAUUUGCCUGAAAUCGACUGUGAAAGUAUAGUAUGCCGGUACAUUUUCAUUAAUCCGAAACUAGAUAAAACAGCUGUUUCGACUAAACCUGCAGAUAAUGAGCGUCACUUUUCGUUUGAUCAUAAAGAGGAAUUCACAUUUCGUUUAACGGAUACUUUUCGAGCUACAUGUGUAGAGAAUUCGAUUCCUGUGGAAAUCUGGUCGCAGUCAAGCACAAAGACAGUGUCGAAAGAUAUUCCAGAUACAGAAGAAGACAACGAACAACUUACAAAAGUUCGUGAAAUAAGUAAAUGUUGGAAGAAUGUCAAACGGCACAUACAACUUAGUGUCGGGAUUCAAGAAUUGGAUGAAACGGGAGAAUGGAAACCUGUACUAGUUUAUGCUGACGACAGAGUUCCUAGUGGUGGUAUCUAUCAAUUGAAGCACGGUCAAUCCAAACGCGUAGUAGUUCAAGCACGAAUACUUCCGCGAUCCGAUGCUUUGCCAUUCCAUAUCGAUACGAUACGAUCGAUUGAUAUUGGUUCGGUAAACGCACGAAAACUAGAUGCACCAGUUCAACUCGAUUCAUAUCAAGACCAUGAUUUACAAUCAUUAAAAGAACAAUGGUUAAAUUUAAUCGAGAAACGGAAAAGUGGUGUAGAAACUAAAUUGCGAUCUUUACAUCAUCAAACAAAUAAAAGUGAACAUGAGAUUCAAAAAGAAAAUAUGCUUCUUGAAGAAAUUCGACAACUUGCUCAAGAACAAGAUAUCGCUGUGCUUCCACCACCAGCAACUGGAAUUCCAGGCUCUCCAGCUGAUUGGGAUCCACCCGAAACCGUCGAACUUCAUCGUCCACUGAUUUUUCUUGAUUUGGAUCCAUUUCGAAUCAAAUCCACAAAGGAUCGCGCGGGUACAGAAACGCUCUUAGCUGAAGAAGAUCCAUCGUCGAUGAUUCAAUUAUCCUUAAUUCAAAAUAUGUCCGAUGAGGUUCCUGCCAUAGCUCUAUGGAAUCCUUCGAGACAUAUUUUAUCAUCAAUAGAUCAAGUGACGGCAAAUGGCACAUUGAUCUAUCUGAUUGUGAAAGUGAUCGUAAUCAUCAGUGAACCUGCUCAUAUGGAAAUCGUUCUACGCAAGCGAAUUGCUGUGACCAUGAACAAAAAUGAUGGAUGGUGGUCUAAGAAACUUGUCAAGAGUUUUCUCGGCUAUGAAACCUAUUCACGAACCAGUGUUGUUUAUGAAAUCGUAUCGAACAUACCGAAGAGUCUCUAUGGUGCUGAGGAUCAAACCCAAGCUAGUUUCGAUUGUAUUUCGGAUGAAAAUAUUUCAAAACAUAUUCGUAAUGCAUUCGCAAUAGACUCUCUCUUACUUCUUGACAAACUAAGACAAGAAGUUCUGUUAGCUGAAAAAUCUUUGAAACAACAAACAGUCGCUAAGUCAACCAGUGCGCCCAACAUCACAAUAUACAACCAACAACCGGUUCGUAUAAAUGAGCCUUUCCUGAACAUUUCUCUACUCUCUAUCAAACAGGACGUUUCCAAACCAACAGUGUUGCCUAGUGAAGAGGACAAAUCGUCUGAUCCUAUUCCAAAUAAAAUAUUUGUUCCGGAAGAACAAGUGCCAUCUCUACAAAUACCAUCUGUUGUUAUCGAAUGCGUAUGCGAACCAGUGAAAGUCGAAAUGAAUGUAGAGGGCCAAAAUAUUCCAAUGGAGAUCUGCGAUCCUAAGCUGAAACAACCUGGCUCGAUGUCAUCAAGUCUAUCCGCUGAAUCGUUCCCGACGUCUAAUUAUGACGAUACACCGGGAUGUUUUUCCGUUGGAGAUCAAGUCAUCGUCAAUACGGGCCAUUCGAUAGUUUCGAAAAAAGGAACCAUACGGUUUAUUGGUGAAAUCGAUGGAAAAAAAGGAAUUUGGUUUGGAGUUGAACUUCAAGAACCGUUUGGCAAAAAUAAUGGUACUGUUAAUCAACAUGCUUAUUUCAAAUGUGCUCCCGCGCAUGGCGCAUUUGUUCGUAAAGAUAAACUUCAAGUUAUCACUUAA